CACAGUUCUGAUGUCCCUGCGCACGCGCAACUCCCCGUCCCACCUCUCGCGUGAGCGGCGAGUCGCCGACGCGCGAUGACGCUGACGCAAGCCUCGAAGCAACGAACAGAUAAACUCAUAGAGUUGUGAACGGGUGAGCUCAAAGAUAGAACGGGGAGAGAGGUGGAAAAAAAACAUCAAGUACGGAACCGUACGCGCUUGUAUAUACGUUCGACGACUCACGUUUUGCCUAUAGAUGUAUUCCUAGCUCGCGCGCGAGUAGGUCGAACUCGCAAGGGGACUAUACUAGACUAAACACAAACGAUACCCAAAGUGUAAAAGGACUAUACUAGACUAUACGUAAACAACACAACACAGAUGACCGGCGUUCGUUUCAACAAUAUGGUACGAACAGCCACAGGCGAAAAGAGGCUGGAAACCUCCUCUAGUGCCGGGAACUUGCAGAAGUUGUCCAGACGACUGGUGCUAAGGGACAGGAAGGAACCGAUCUCACCUUCAAGGAACCGCUCCAUCAGUCUCGAUUGGGGCGAUGCCAGGUCGGUUAAACUAUUCUCUUCGUCGUCCGAGGAAAGUUCCAUGGACGUGAUGACGGGUCUCUCGGCCUCCCCCAGUGCACCCGCCUACCUCAGCAACAAGGACAGCAGCGACUUCGGCUACAGUCCUAAGAUAAUGAAGGACAUUCGACUCCUAUCAAACUCGCAGAAGAAGAAAAGUAUGAGCAUUGAUGUGCCGGAUGGUCAAGCUAGCAGACGGCGGUCUGACAAGAGAGCACUUUGUGAUAUCACAGCUCUCUUUGAUGCUGUGGAACAGCAGGACAUUGACCUCGCCAAAUUUAUUCUGGAGACUAACGCUGUAGACAUUAAUAGUCUGAAUGGCGAGAACCUCAGUGUCCUUGACAUUGCCGUCAUGACCAACAACAUUCCCAUGGCGAAGAUCCUGCUGUCGCGAGGUGCCAAAGAGAGCCCAAUGUUUCAGAGAGGCGACUGCCGACUACAGAAGCUAGAGAUGCUGGUAACAGAGGCUGAGAAAAGAGUGAUAGAUCUCACUGCUAUCGUGUUGACUGGCUCCUCUGGGAACGCCAAUAUCUCCCCAGCCCAGCUCCGUGAAAAUGAAAAACUAUUGAGUCACUGGGAAUUCAGGCACCGCCUACUGAAGAGAAUGAAAGCAGGCUAUGAUCAUGCUAAGCCUCCAGAACCACCUACCAAUGUUAGACUUGAAGUUGCCAGCAACUCUUCCCUAUUGGUCACAUUUGCAGAGCCACAAAGCCAUAAUGCAGCCGUCGUUACCAAGUACAAAGUUGAAUGGAGCUGUUGGGAAACUUUUACACCUUUGACUGGAGAGGCAAUCAUUGAAGAUUUAGCUCAUCUGGAAUACGAGAUCAAAAACUUAAACAAGGGAAACAUGUACUAUGUGCGAGUGUGUGCCUGGAAUGUUAAAGGUCUUGGCCCGUACUGUCAAAGUGAACCAGCGUGUGCCGCACCAUCUUGCUGGCGAGAAGUAGAUGGCAUCCCAUCCAGGCUUGAAGGAAAAGUUGCCUCCCUGUACACCCUUUACCAUCAGGUCAAGAAAUCCAGACCACCUGAAGCUGCAGAAAUGAAAGACAUCCUCAAUAGGGGAGCUGAGUCACCUAUGCAGAAAAAAAGAAUCAGCAUAAAAAAUCUGUUUGUGUCAACACCUAAAUUUCAGAAAACUGUUAAAAGAGGGGUGUACAUGGCGUGUUUGUUCUACAAUGAGGACAGGAUCCUGGUGACAUCUGAAGAACAGCUGCCAAUUAUUGAAGUGGAUGAGACAUUCUCUGCUCCUUCCAUACAGAAUGACCUCUAUUGGUUACUCAAGGUGUCAUGUAUGUGGGAAGAGGUUAAAGUUUUGAAACAAGAUAUGGAACGGACUAGCAGUGCAGGCUCCACAUUCAGAUGUAAACUAUUACAAGCUAUAAUCUCUCUACAGUCUGGUCUAGGUGUCACCGACCUUGGUCAGUUUUUCCACCGCCCCGUACGAGACAACAGCAGCAGUAUUAUAUUUACAGUGGUCAACCAAAUCCGUGACCCCAAACUGGUCACCCUGGGCUCCAGCAAGUGGGUGACCUUCGGCAAGCUGGCACGACGUCAGAGUUUGUCCUCCGUCGACUCGGCCGAUGCUCACAGCUUAUUAAUCACAAGUGUUCCGGAGAUGAUUCUAUAUAACCAAGUCAGUGGAGUGGCCCUGCCAAGGGGACUGUACUUGGGCUAUGUCAAACUGCAAGCUUCAGUUGAAGUCCUCAGAGUUAUGGUUCCUAACAAGACCCCUAACUGUGUGCCCCAUGUAAAAAUCAGAGAUAUGCCUAAUGUUUCCAAAGAAGAGUGGGAGUGGCUGUUAAAGUCAGACAGCCAUAAACACACCAUCACCAUGACAACCACACAGAAAAACUUCCAGCAGCUGCUGGUGGAUGCUACUAAAAAAUUGUUUUCUCAACUUGAGUUGUCAGAAGAGAUGCUAGCGAGUCACAGGGUGUAUGACCUGGAGGUCUUAGAGCUGUCACCAUCCGUCACGAUGAUCCUGAUUCUGCCCUCCAUGGAAGACAUAUGCAUUGUGCCCGGGCACUCUGAUAUUCUGGCCAAGAGAGCAGACUACAGUUUUUUACCUGUGCAAAUUUUUGAAUCAAUUCAUAUGCAUGCAUAUCUUCCUGAGUUCUUUUCCUUGUAUGCUCGUCUGUCUGCCAUUGUUGAGAUGGAUGGGGUCCUAGCUCAACAAGGCCACAGAGAGGCCUUUUCUUCAGAAGAACUUAGCAAGGCUAAAGAGCAGGUGGAGGUUACAGCCCACCUGCAGCAAAACCUGGAUAGGAUCUGGAAGUGUGCCAGGUGGAUCCGUGACAUCACCACCUAUGCAAGAAACAGAGAGAGGAAGGCGGGGAUCCACCUGUCCCACAUCUUACACGCCAGCACCUCCAACCACAGCAUCGCCUCCACCAGCCACGACAGCAAACUCAAGCUGACCCGGCUCAGCAACGGGGGGUUCAGUAACAACAACAACAACAACCACUUCACCGCGACCCAGUGUUCUCAAAACAAAACAAACUCGAUUAGCGUCGGGAAAGACCUUAGGCGCAUCGCGAAAUUCUAUGACCCGAACGAGGAAAAUCCUCACAGUGCAGACAGUAUUAGUAUAGGCGGAGGCCACAGGGAUCCGUGUCCGAAUAAAACCAACUCUUCAUCAUCGGCACCGACGACGCCCACCUCUCAUCAGUCGCCCCGCCCUCAUUUAUCCCCCUCGUCGUCUGUCUCGUCAGCAUCCACAUCCACCUCGUCAUCGAUAACAGAAUCCGCAACAGAAUCCACCCCUGUUCAGGAUCCAUCCUUUGCCAUCAUUAAGGUUCACGCGCUCUAUGACACUGGUUUGAACCGCAGUGUGAACAUUAAGCUGCACAUAACGGAACAAACAACUUCCAGGGACAUUGUCAACCUAGUUGUCCGGCACCUAAACUCCGUUGUCCAGAAUAAAGGCAAAGGUAUUCUAGCGUACUCGGAGGAAGCCCUGUCGAACUUUUGCCUGGUGCUAAAAUACCAGGGACAUGAAAAAAUUCUGAAAGAUGAUUUUAAGCUCAUGCAGCUGAAAGGACAGCUCCUUAGAGCUAAGAUCUGUGUGAUGAUGAUGGAAGCAAUGUUCUCCGAGGAGGAGCUAGGUCAAGCAACUGUUGUUUAAAUUUGUUUUUAUUUUAAUUAUUUAUUUUAUUUCGCCUGUUCACCUAAAGCUAGAUUAAUGUGGUAUAGCUUUAUGGGCUUUGCUGGCUUAAAAAAAAAUACUGGCUUGAUUGUUGGUCAAGCAAAAAUUUCUGUGAUAAAUUUAUUUAUAGAAAUCCUGAUGGGUUGAAAUCCUAAUAUAUUGGGAUUUAAAAAAAUGUUUUAACCAGUUUGUAUUAGGUCCAUGGAAUAUGGAUACAACUUGUAAAAAAAUAAAAUCCCUGCUUUUAAAUAUUCUGAACAGUAUUUGGCAGUUGCCAUCAGCAUGUUUGUGAAAUCGAUGUCUGUGAUACAUAUUUUAAUGUACAAAUCUAUUUUAAGAUUAGAGGAAAAAGAAAAAUUAUCAACGCUAAUAAACUGUGCAUUUAAAUAAACCAGUAGAGCUAAAAUCUAUUUGAAAAAUAAUGACAUUGAAUAUAUUAAACUGUACCUAGUAAGGCUAAAAUACAUCCCCCAAAAUAUUUUCCUUGGUGUUCCUUGUUUCCAUCUGAUGGGUUGAAAUGAGAUGAGUAUCAUCAAUUAUAGUUAUCUUGCUAAAGAACAGCUUGUUAACUAUAAAUCAUAAGUUCCUAUUUGUACCUAUCAUCAGUCUUAAAGCUCUACUGCUUGUAAAGUGGCAAUAAACACAAGUGCCUUCAUAAUUCUUGUCACAUAUUGACCCAUCUUUUGUGAAAGUUAUGCUCCUUUAUCAUAAGUUAUUUCCCUUGAUUGAUAUAAUAUAUAUUGCUAAUGAUAAGGGAAGUAAGUCUGAGCUUAAAAUCCAUUUCAACAGUAAACGCCAGGUUGUAAUUAUUUGCUGUGUUUAAAAUAGUUUAUUGCUGCUAAAUAACUAUUUUUGUUUUGUCUCAAAGCACUGUGAUUAAUUUAUAUGUUGGUAUUGUAACAUAUCAACCAAAUAGUAACACACAAGUGUUUAGGGCUAGUGAUAUAUUGUGUACAUUUCUCUUGAUCAUGAAAGUAAGUUGUGAAUGUCAGUUUAAGAUCAAUGCUGUAGAUUAUAAAAGUAUGUUGUGAAUCUUAGGUUAAGUUAAUUUGUCCAGCUAUUGAAAGUAUGAUGUGAAUAUCAGAUUAAGAUAAUUUUUCUAGAUCAUGAAAAUAUGUAUGUUAGGUAAGGUCAGUUGCAUAAGGUUUUGUAAAUUGCAUCGGGCCAGUUUAAAUAUGUUUGUCAGGUGUAAUUUGUCUAGCUUCUGCUAGAUACGGCAUCAGCCAUUGGUUCUCUUAUUGAUGUGUUCAGUCCCAGUGAUCAGGUAAUCCUCCUUUUUUUUAAACAGCUAUUUGCUGUUUCUUUCUAAAAACUAAGCAAGCAACUAGACAAAUGUAAACUAAGUUCAAAUUACAUAAGGUGACAGCACACCACAACACUAUAAGGAAAUAAUAAUUAUGUGCAAUAAACUUCAUUGUUAGAAAUGUAUGUUCUUUUAUGAAGCAAAAAUAUAUGAAUUCCAAGUUGCUCUGUGAUGUUAUUACUGUUAUGUACUGUUGGUUGGAUUUGGUUGUCUCCAUAUGGGGGGGGGGGGUGUGUCUGGGCUCCCUUUGGAUGUUUCUGGGCUGCUUGUGUCACUUGGAUUUGAUCCUGUCUCACAGCACUUCAUUCUAGUUCAUGGCUGGAUCACUAUCCCCUAUGCUAUUUGGGUCCCCAAUAGACUCUCCUUGUUUCUAGUAUAUAAAUAUAACUUCGCUGUCCUAGUGUUAAAGUUCCCCUCUAAACAUUCAGACAUUUUUUUUUUUUAAAUAUAUAUAUGGAAACCUUCCUUCUAAGUAAAGACUGUAGUGGAAUAUUGUGUAAAAACGCAAUUAAAAAAAAAGAUUUUUUUUUUUUUUAAACUGACAAGUUGUUCUAUACAAUUUGCUUUUUGAUCUCACUUUGUUUUCAAAUAUUUAUUAUAUUCUAAAAUGGUAACACCUGGCAAACAUCAAUGUACAUACAAAUAGUAUUGUGAUUGACAGUCUACAGUACAUAAUUAUCCAAUUUUUUAAAGUUUAAAAUUGGGAUGGAGUCACAUUAACAAUUUGGUGGCUUGUCUUUCCUAUGAGGAACUCUUUGCUGUCUGUAUAUAUGUACAUAAGUUUUGUGAUAUGUAAAACAUAUAGACCACAUAUAGACCAUAUGUGAUAUGGUUGACCCAUGACAAUGAGAGCAGAGUUAACAAAAUAGUUUGUUUUGAGAUUGAAACUCACCAUACAGUAAUAUAAAUACAAAUUUUGAGAAGAAAAAAAAUGUAAAAUAUUUACAAGAUGUUUUUUAUAAUAAUACUAUAUUAGUUUUAUUAUAUGUUAAAAUUUUGUUUAAGAAUAUUUACAGCUAUGUUUUUUUUAUAACCAUGACAUUAACAUCUGUAAAAAACAAAAUUGCUAUUCUAAAAAUUUGAUUUUCUCAUCUUUUUUAAUGAACUGUAAUGAGCUCUGAAUCAAAUAUGGUCAUGGAGAAUUGUUUGCCAUAUGUGUUGAAAUCAUAAUAACGGAUGAUCAAUAAAAUUAACAAAAAUGCUACUCUGUGUUAAGUGACAAUUGUAUGAGUGAU